AUGGCUCCUAAUUAUGUGAUGAUGGUUGGUCUCAUAAUAUUAAUUUGCUUUUCACUAUCUUUUGGGUAUGAUGCUAUGUUACCAACACACAACAAUCUCAUAGCCAAACCUAACUGCAAAAAAAGUUGUGGCAAUGUCAGCAUCCCUUUCCCAUUUGGGGUUACCCAAGAUUGCAUUUUAUACAAUCAAUUCCUUGUCACUUGUGAUUACUCCUUUGAACCUCCCCGGCUUCUUUUCUAUGACUCCGCUAUUCAAAUCACAAACAUAUCUCUCACUGGGCAACUUACAAUCUUACAAUUCAUAUCCAAAGAUUGUUAUAAAUCCGGGAUAAACACGGAGAAUAACACACCAUGGAUAACAUUAACACCAUUGCUUGCUGUGAGUAACACCGCGAAUAAGUUCAUCGCGAUUGGCUGUGACACAUAUGCUAUAGUUCAGGGUUAUUAUUCAAAGUUUGAAAAUAUGACGACUAUGCAUUACUCCUACAUAACAGGAUGUACGUCCAUGUGCAAUAGUCUUGAUGAUGCUGAUAAUAACACAUGUUCCGGAGUUGGUUGUUGCAAGACAUCCAUCCCUAAGGGAGCAUGGAAUGUUACUAUAACACUAAGCAGUUAUUAUAAUCAUACUUAUGUGAAUGAUAACCCUAGUUGCAGCUAUGCUUUUGUGGUCGAAGAUACUAACCCUUAUGCUAAUUUUUCGAAGAAUAACCUCGAAAGUUUACAGAACAAGGAUGAGCUUCCACUUGUGCUAGAUUGGGUAAUUGAGUGA